AUGGAGGCCAAAUUAAAAAAGAAGAAAUAUCUGAACCACCUUCAGCAGAAUAUAUGUAGGAACCCCCAGCUCUACCAACAUGACUUUUACGAGCAGUUUGAACAAUUCCUUUUCAAUUAUGGAGUUGUGUUGUUGAACCCAUUUAAGAAAAAUGAUUUAUUUUGUAACCAGCUGUCCUUCCUGAGCUACACGGUUCGCUUCUUCUGCCCCGAUGGGGGGGGGGCGGCGAGACGCAGCUCAGACGGGGGAGCAGCGGGGCCUGAUGCAGACCCACUCAGCGAUCCUGGUCACGAUCACGAUAAUGAUGAAGACUUACUAUGUGAUAGUGAUAAUGGCGAGCGUGAUGGUGAGGAGGAGGAGGAGGACGAGCUGCAUCGAAUGAAACUCGAGGAGAAGAGAAAGGAAAUAUGGAACACCAUGAAGAGUAAGGCAGAGGCAGAAGGGGGCGAAAAUGCUGCCAAAAGGAGGAGAGAAGAAGAGAAAAAAAGACUAAAGGAAAAUCCUCUCCUACCAUACGAAGAUCUAAAUGAAUACAUAAACCUGUUGAUGGUAGCGGAUAAGGCAGAAAUAAAUUUCGCAGAGGAGCUUUUUUUUCUCACUUCGCAACUGCUGGUGAAGCAUAAGAAUAAUCUGUACGUGUCCAUUCUUCUAAGUAUAUUAAAAACGCUGCGCCAAAUGAAGAGGAGCAUCGAGGUGUUGAGGUAUUUACAAGUGUUAAUAUUUCUUUGUGAUGUGAAUCUGAGCAAGGUGAAGAUGUUUCUCUUUAAGAGCGUCGUGGAGACGAUCGUGCAGGUGCACAGGACACCCAGAAGGGGUUCUUCUACCGCUGGUCCAAAAGUGGCGGAAGAAAUCCUGCACCUCCUUCACGAAGCGUACGUGGAGAAUAGCCAGAGGAAACGAAUUCAAAAGAAGUAUGCCUCAUCAGGUAGUAGUGGGGACCCCACCAGAAGACCCUACCUGAGCAACGUCCCCAUCACAGAGAGUCUGAACAACUUCUCCUGUAGUGUCCUGAUCGAGUUGAUAAAGAAAAAAAUUUACGUGACAAAAACAAAUAUUAAUUUCCUUUGCGAAGGGGUUUUUUAUAAAAAUGAAAAAAUCGUGAAAUGCAUUUGCUUCUGUUUACUGGGCAAGUUCGAAAACAAGGAGUUCGUCAUUCGAGUAACUAAAGAAAAAAUAAAUACGAAUGAACAAAUGGGUAUGUUAAAAAGUAUAAGUAACCAGACACACCAGAAAUUAACAAAAGCAAAAAUAAAAAAGCUUCACCAAAAAAAGGAAAAAAUUCUCAGCAACAUGUAUAAGGGGAGUAAUCCUAACAACGGGCUCGCUUCUUCAGACGAAGAUGGUGCGAAUGGCCGAGGUGGCAGCGGAGGAGGAAGAACGGAUGAACAUGCCUCCUCCCAUCACAAAACAAAUUACACCUUUAUAGAUUUACUUUUCGACCCACAUACCUUCUCAAAUAACAUUUUUAAUUUAAUCUGCACCAAGUAUAAAAACAAUCACGGAACAGUUAAGUUACUUCUGUUAAAUAUAUUAUGCAGAUUACAUCACCGCAAUCACAUCGUUGAAGAAAAUUUAUUUCUUUAUUAUGAAAAUGUGUUAGACAGUUUAAAGAGUAAAAUGCUUUUACCAAAGUACCUGUCAGCAUUUAUUCAGUGCAUUCAUUCCACCACCCCACCCAUGUAUGUAAUACGAAUUGUACAUGUGUUAGUUAAAAAAUUUUUAUACGAUAAUACGUCUGAAGAAUUUAUAUAUCUUAUUAUUAAUACCAUUAUUCAAAUCGUCACAAAGUGUCCUGCCGCUUUAGACGAAGAGGUUUUCGAAGCGGUACUUGUGUUUAAGGACUACAAGAAUAAAAAUACGGCGACCCUCAUUAGAAGGUUUAUUAAUUUGUGUAAGGAGGUCAACCCGGAAUUGCUGGACAGAAAAUUCCUCGACAAGAAAACUGCUCUCCUCAUGCAGCGCCGAAAAAUUCUUUCCUCUGUUAGCGGCGUCCCACCAGACACGGCGUCCAUCCUGCAAUAUUCCUACCUGCUACGCGCGGGCCAACGUCAUCACGACGGUGACAGCGGCGGCGACGAAGAGGAGGAGGAGGAGGAGGAGGAGGAGGACGACGACGACGACGGCGGCGAACAUGAUGAAGAGGGAGAGGACAACGAUAGCGGAGAGGACCAAGAGGAAGAGGGACGUGAUCAGGACGAUGAGGAGGAAGAAGAGGGAGAGGAAAGUGGAGUAGACGUGGAGGAAGACACCACCCCAGGGGAGGGCGCCACAGAGGAAGAGGCCUCGGAAGAAGAUGAGCUCACCGCUCCUAAUGGCGACGAUUGUAUGGGCGACGAUCGUAUGGGCAACGACCGCCCCGACAAGCAGGCCAGGAAGGCCAGGCGCAGAGAGGCCAAGGUCAAGAAGGAGCAGUCCAUCCUGCAAACCAAUGCACAAAUAUUGAGCCAGAAAAUUUUGACCGACGAGGAUUUUCGUAAAUUGAGGAGAAUGAGGGACUAUGUCGUAAACAACAAGCAGGUGGUCAUGGCAGACCUGCAAGACAUUUGUAACGCCGACUACAGUGAGGACGACUCGGGCAGCAGCGCAGACGAGGGACAAGAAAGAAUUAUCACCCAUGAAGAUUUAUUGCUUAAGAAAAAAAUAAAAAAACAGGACAUGAUGAAAAUGAAAAUAAAAAAAAAAAGCCAAAGUGAUAAUCGAUUUAAAACCAAUAAAGAAAAGGAAAAAAAAAAGUCUGUUAUGAUGCUCACGCAGAAGCUCAGGAGGAAGAAGCAGAAAAAUGCGAUUGUGCAGUACGGCAAAAUGAAGAAGAAGCUCAAGGGGAAGCUAGCUGCUCGGGCAAAGAAAAGGGGAAUCCUUCAGAAGAGAAUUGCGAAGAAGUUGAGUAGAAGGCGACGCUGA